AACAUUACAAUAUUGAGUGACAUAUCAUAUGAAAUGAUUAAUUUGUUAUUAAAUAUUAAUAUUGUAAUCAAUUUUGUCAUCAAUUGAGUUGUUUUAAGACAUUGAAGACAAUCAUUGACCAGAAGUACAACACAAGUGAUGGACAAAUUGCGUCGCGCUUUGAGUGGAGAUGACUCUGUAAUUAGCGGUGACGAUGAAGAACAGGGAUUAGCCGCUCAGAUCAAUUCCGCCACAACCCUGAGUUGGUCGACACGUAUUCAGGGAUUUGCCAUUUGUUUUGUUUUAGGCUUUGUUUUUUCCAUUUUGGGAACUGCUUUGUUAGCACUUCCCAGAGGAUUGAUAUUGUUUGCCAUGUUUUAUACGUUGGGUAACAUCACAUCAAUGGCCAGUACAAUGUUUUUAAUGGGUCCAAUCAAACAAAUCAAAAAGAUGUUUAACGAGACCCGAGUAGUGGCCACACUCGGAGUCUUUGUAUUUAUGAUAUUAACACUGAUGUCAGCUCUUUGGUGGCACAAAGCCCUCCUUUCUGUUAUAUUUUGUAUUUUACAAUUCUUGGCGUUCACGUGGUAUUCCCUGUCAUACAUACCAUACGCCAGAGAUAUGGUCCGUAAAGCUGUGACUUCUUGUGUAUAAAUCUCAAGUGAAUCUCCAAAUAAAUCAAAUAAUUUGUGCCUUAAAAUUGAUAUUAAUUUAAUAUAAUUUAUUUGAAAAUUUAACAAAUUAUUUGAUAUACCAGUAAACAUGUUUUAUCAGAUAUGAAAUUACAAAAAUCUUACGGAAAUAAUAAUGAUUUUUUUAAAAAAAUAAGU